UCUCUGCCUCUCAUUUCAUCCCACGGUGCAGUGAUGACCACAGGCAUGAGCACAGCAGGCAUUCACCAAGGCUUCCUCAAGAAAUAUGGAGGCUUCAUGUUCAAACAGUGGAAAGAAAAGUACCUCAUGCUGACCAUGGAGGGCAGCCUGCUGGUGUGCCGUGAUGCUGAAUCCCCUCCAGAUCAGGUGAUAGCACUACAAACCAGCUGUGAGUCCAUUGCAGAGGGACGAGAAAUCCUUGACCUGCCCAGGUUGCCUCCAGGGGGCAGGAGGGACUGCUGCUUUGCUCUCAUUCUGCCACAGAACAAGUUCCUGCUGUUGCUCACAGACAAUCCGGACGACUGCAGUUUGUGGCUGAACUUGAUCAGAAAAGUGAGAGAGGGUGUCAUGCAGCAAAUGACCCUUCAGAGGCAGCACAGCAUCACACCCUGCAUCACAGACAGGGACUCCCUGCCAGACUCGUGCAGUGACAAAGACCCUGGGUCACCCCUGGUCUGUAAAAGCACUCCUCCUCCUCCUCCUCUGUCUCAAGUCACUGAGCGAGGAGGCUCCUUCAGAGACACUGCGCGAGGAGGCUCCUUCAGAGACACUGAGCGAGGAGGCUCCUUCAGAGACAGAGGCCAAAACCUAGGUGGUGGACCACGGCGGCCUCUGUGUAGCGUUUCCUCUGCCCCUCCUAACCGUGUGUCAGAUUGCCUCCGCCAUGGCAACAGCAGCGAUGCGCGGGCAGUGAGGGCAGUGUGCCUGCUGAUGGGAGGGGCAGCUGCCUCCUCUGCUCUGGCCUACCUCAACUCCUGCUCCCCUACCUCUCCCCUCACCAGCAGAGCUCCAGAGAUCGGUCAUGGCUCAGGAGGCUUCUCUGAGCUUCCUGGAGGAGGUUCCUUCCACGCCUGUGGCCAGGACAUCGACUCCCCGCACUUCAACAGCUUUGACUUUGAGGGAGACUCCGACUUUGACGCGUUUGACUGUGGAGGAUUUGCAUUUUAAGUGCGACGUGGAAGAUGAACUGUUUCUAAGACCUUUUAUUCCCCCUGUGUUGGUAUUCCUUUAUAAUAUAAAGGCAUUGUUGUUCAUUAAUUAAUUACUCAUUGAGUUAUAUAUUGUACAGUGUAUGUGUAGUUUAUAAAUUAAUGAAGGUGUUUUUCCUGGCAUCGUGCCCAUGCUCCUCAGGUGAAUCAUUCAUGAUUGUGACUCAUGAACACUAUCUGUGUUGUGUCACUUGUUCCAUGCCACAGGCAAGUAAAAUGAUUCCACGAAGCAACACGGACAUUUAUGGGGAAUCAAAUGCCUCACAUAUAAAGCAGUAGAGUUUCCUCACUGAAUUGAUUUUGUACUUCUUUUUUUUUAAACCCACGCUUGCUGUAAAUAUUUGUUCCUCGUUCACAUUUGCUCCAUUGCUCCAAGUCAAUCUGUUUGACUUCCUUUUGCCCUGCUUUCACAAAUUGCUGCAUCACCUACCACCUGCACAAACCAGUUUUGCACGCUUAAGUCGCAGCCCAACGGUGAAGCUCUGAAAAAAAUUGUGCUGCAAUCUCUCAACAUUCACCCUCUGUUUGUUGUUGGUGCCAAUGCCUACAUUUGGAGAGGAAGGAUGUUUGAAGCUGGGGGAGGGGAGAGCACACUGUAACCCAGAAUCACCAUGGUGUGCUGCUGAGCUUUUGUAUUACAGUAAAAAUAAUCUGUUGGAUUUGA